UUGCUGUUUAUGAUAUCAAAAGUCAGAGAUAUCAAUCUCUCUCUUCUCUGUCUCUGAAGUGAAAUCGAAAACAUGCAGAUUUUUGUGAAAACCCUAACCGGGAAGACCAUCACUCUCGAGGUUGAGAGCAGCGACACCAUCGACAAUGUUAAAGCCAAGAUCCAGGAUAAGGAAGGCAUCCCUCCUGAUCAACAGAGAUUGAUUUUUGCUGGUAAGCAAUUGGAAGAUGGUCGAACUCUCGCAGAUUAUAACAUCCAGAAGGAGUCAACGCUUCACCUGGUCUUGAGGCUGAGAGGAGGAACCAUGAUUAAGGUGAAGACUCUUACUGGGAAAGAAAUUGAGAUUGAUAUUGAACCAACUGAUACCAUUGACCGGAUCAAGGAAAGGGUUGAGGAGAAAGAGGGAAUUCCUCCAGUGCAACAAAGGCUUAUCUAUGCUGGCAAGCAGCUCGGGGAUGACAAGACAGCUAAAGAGUACAACAUUGAGGGGGGCUCUGUCCUUCAUCUUGUGCUUGCACUACGAGGUGGUAGUCAAUAAAUAUUAGUUUUUUGGAUCCGGCAAACUCUUUUGUUUAGGCCUUAUCAAGUCUUGAUGCCUUAACAAAAAAUUUGAGUUGCAUGUUAUUUGUUGAUAAAUUCAAAUACAUGGCAGAAAGCCUGUUCUAAGCUGGUUACUGUGGACAUAAGUAUUUCUUUUACCCGCA